GUAUCCAAGGUGUUGGUGUUGAGUGUUAAAGCUCAGAUCAGCCGUGGCAGCCGUCCGCUUCGGACCUGUUCACCGACGCUCCUCAGAGAAAGGAACAACAUUAGUGCUUUUCGCCCCGCAAAUAUUCACCAAGAUGAGGAUCCUUCCCCUGUUCGUUCUUUUAGUUUGCUUUGCGUGGCAGACGUCGGCGCGUCCACAAGAUGAUUCUGAAUCCCGGGCAAUUCCAUCCAGGGGUUUGCUCAAACGAGGUUUAGUUGGAAAAGGAAAACCCACAACAUCCACCACAACAGCUGCGCCCGAGGAGGAAGGUGAUUAUGAUGAGGAAGGCGACUACCCAGCAGAAGCAGAAGCUAAUGAGCCGUCCACAGAAGCACCCCCAUCUUCAACAGAGGGCAAAAAGCUCGUUGCAGGAGGAGUGAGGCCAUUCAGAAGCAACACUGACCUUCUAGCAGCUUUGAAAAGGCGGCGAGCACAGGCCGCGGAAGCCAAAUUGGGUCACUCAGUACCCGCAGCCAGCCAAUCACAGGAUGUCCAAACUGAAGCAACAGUAAAAGCUAACUUCAGUAAAAAGCGUUUCAACACAGCGACUCGCGAAACAAAAACAGAAGAGGCACCAGCGACUACUAAGCCCAGUAGAAGCCGAUUUGGAAGACCCACUUCAAGGUCGUUCCAAGAGACUGAGCCAGUGGAAGAACAGAAUGACACCGCUCCUGCUACGAGGACCGGCAGACAGUUCAGACGUGGUGGAAAUUAGUUUCUUGCUUUAUUGUUCCUUACCCAAACCCUUCCCAAGACUAAAAAUUCCUAUUCAUUACCUGUUUCCUAUAAGAGGAAACGCAUUAAUUCCAUUUUAAACUUGCCCACAACUCCACCAGUCUUGGCUUACCUUUCUAGAAACAUACAUACUAUCAAAACAAAACAUUUUGAAAAAAAAAACUACUUAAAGUGUAACAAUUGUUUAGGACAAUUGAAUUGAAUUUAUGCCUUUGAUCCAUAUCGAAUGUAUUAUUAUCCUUACCCUUUUGCGAUGGAUCAUCAUCGGAUAGAUGGAUUCAUCUAUACUGCAAUAUAGCAGUGAUAAUAUUACUGCCAUGUAUGGUAUGUGUAACCAAUAAGUUCCAAUAAAUUAGCGAUUUUAUAUACCUACUAUUUUGUAAAUUAUAUUUCUAAGUGUUUUUUAAAAUAAAUAAUUUAAAAUAA